AUGUCAGCCCCCCAGAGCUUCGUCGCCGUUGCAGGUGCUGCAGGUAAUCUAGGCUCUCUAAUUGCCCUCAGCCUACGCGAGAGAAAUGUUGCAGUCAAAGCCCUUGUGCGUCCCGGCACCGCAGCAUCCCGCACCCAAAAGUUACGAGACGCCGGUGUCACGAUAGUAGAAGUCGAUAUGAGUGAUGUUCAAGCUCUCACCGAAACCAUCACAGGGGCUAAAACCGUCGUCUCGGCACUUCAGGGUCUUCGAGACGUUAUGUUAGGUGCUCAAGGAAACAUUCUAGAAGCUUCUGUUGCCGCAAAAGUACAGCGUUUUGUCCCGUCCGACUACUCGUUGGAUUUCACCAAGUGCGAGCCAGGUUCCAACAGGAAUCUUGAUCUGCGCCGUGAAUUUCACGCCAAGCUUAAUGCAUCGGGUAUUGAAUGGACGAGUGUAUUUAAUGGUGCCUUCAUGGAACUUAUGACAAGCGGCCAGAUGCCGAUUAUCAAUGACAAAUGGCAUCGCAUCUUGUAUUUCGGUAACCCAGAUCAGAAACUCGAUUACACAACUAUCCCGGACGCAGCUGCUUAUACUGCUGCUGUAGCUGCGGAUCCAAGCUCAACACCAAAAUUUCUACGUAUCGCAGGUAGCUCGAUCAACGCGAAAGAAUUGGCCGCUGUCGUGACUAAGAUACGUGGUGAGCAGUAUGCACCGAUGUGGACAGGAAGUGUCGGCUUCCUUCGCGUGAUUAUUCCGAUCUUGAAGUUCUUUAUUGGGGGAGUGGAAGAUAAAGUAUUCCCAGCUUGGCAGGGAAUGCAAUAUAUGGAAAAUAUGGUCUCCGGAAAAGGUAAGCUGGAGCCUAUUGAUAACGACAGAUAUCCUGACUUGGAGUGGACUACCGUGGAGAAAGCUAUAAUAGAGGCGGAUGCAGAGAAGAAAAAGAAGAUGGUUUGA